ACCGGCUGGUUCUUGUUACUCUUUUUAGCAAAUGGCGGAUGACGCCGGUGCUGCGGGAGGCCCCGGAGGCCCCGGAGGCCCCGGGGGCCCUGGCAUGGGAAGCCGUGGUGGCUUCCGCGGAGGCUUCGGCAGCGGCGUACGGGGCCGGGGCCGGGGUCGCGGUCGGGGCCGGGGCCGAGGCCGCGGAGCUCGCGGAGGCAAGGCCGAGGACAAGGAGUGGCUCCCCGUCACCAAGCUGGGCCGCUUGGUUAAGGACAUGAAGAUCAAGUCCUUGGAGGAGAUCUAUCUCUUUUCUUUGCCUAUCAAGGAAUCUGAGAUCAUUGACUUUUUCUUGGGGGCAUCUCUCAAGGACGAGGUUUUGAAGAUCAUGCCUGUGCAAAAGCAGACCCGUGCUGGCCAGCGGACCAGGUUCAAGGCGUUUGUCGCCAUCGGGGAUUACAACGGACAUGUUGGUUUGGGCGUGAAGUGCUCUAAGGAGGUAGCCACUGCCAUCCGUGGGGCCAUCAUUCUGGCCAAGCUCUCCAUCGUCCCCGUGCGACGAGGCUACUGGGGGAACAAGAUCGGCAAGCCCCAUACCGUCCCUUGCAAGGUGACUGGCCGCUGUGGCUCUGUGCUGGUGCGCCUCAUCCCUGCCCCCAGGGGCACUGGCAUCGUCUCAGCCCCUGUGCCCAAGAAGCUACUGAUGAUGGCUGGAAUUGACGACUGCUACACCUCUGCCAGGGGCUGCACUGCCACGCUGGGCAACUUCGCCAAGGCCACUUUUGAUGCCAUUUCCAAGACCUACAGUUAUCUCACUCCUGAUCUCUGGAAAGAGACGGUGUUCACCAAGUCUCCGUAUCAGGAAUUCACUGACCAUCUUGUAAAGACCCACACCAGAGUUUCUGUGCAGAGGACCCAGGCUCCAGCUGUAGCCACCACAUAGUUUUCUAUAAGAAAAAUAAAGUGAAUGAAGCUA